AUGGCUACACCGAUUCCAGUUCAGAUCCUGGAUGGAGGGAUGGGAACGACUCUGGAAGACAUGCACGACAUCACCUUCUCAUUUGAAACUCCGCUUUGGUCUUCACAUCUCCUUGUUUCCGGCGAGGAGGACAAGCUAUCGGAUUGUCAUGAGGCCUUCAAGCAGGCAGGAGCCAACAUCAUUUCCACCGCAACGUACCAAAUAUCCAUCAAUGGAUUUGCUGCAACCAAGGCGCCGAAAAGCGGAAUCCUCGACGUGGAGAGGGAGGGCAUCGAUAAGGAAGAGAUUCCUCGCUUCCUGAGCCGUGCGGUUGUCCUUGCCGCAAAUGCAGCGGGGACGGAGGGCAAAGUUGCCUUGUCGCUGGGUCCUUAUGGCGCCACCAUGAUUCCAUCGACCGAAUACAGCGGCAGGUACGAUCCUGAACACCAAGAUGUGCAGGCCCUGGAAAAAUGGCACAAGGAGCGUCUGGAUUUGUUCAAGGAUGUCGAUCCCAAGCAAGUCAACUACAUUGCCUUUGAAACGGUUCCUAGGCUCGACGAGAUUGUUGCCAUCAGAAAUCUGCUUUCGGCCGACCACAUCCCAACAUGCCUCCGUGGACGCCCCGUAUGGAUUUCAUCUCCUUACCCAAACGAUAAUGGAAAGCUUCCCGACGGCAGCACGGUAGAGGAGGUCGUCAAAGCUGUUCUCACGCAUAGGGAAGGGCUGGAGACUCCCUGGGGUAUUGGCAUCAACUGCACAAAGGUGGAAAAGCUCGACUUCUUGGUCAAACAAUACGAAGAUGCGAUCCAAACCUACAUCAAGAACGGAGAGCAGAUGGCCUGGCCAAGCUUGGUCCUCUAUCCAGACGGGACAAACGGGGAGGUCUACAACACGGCCACCAAGACUUGGGAGUUGUCUCCAGGACACAAACAGCCAGAGGCCCCCUGGGAAACAGUCCUAGCCAAUGUUGUCGAAGCCGCACGUCAAAGAGGCAAAUGGAAGUCCAUCGUUGUGGGAGGUUGCUGCAAGGCGUCCCCCGAACACAUUCGAAGGCUACGAAGGACCCUACAAGAUUACGGCCACAUGUCAACCUCUCCAGCGGCGUAG